GGACUCAUAGCCGCCGCAGAGAAAUUGGGCAUUUUCCCAUCCAUUCAUUGGCCUCUCUCUUUCUCCCUUCCUUCUUCCCAUCCCAUCAAUGGCGGACCACGAUCUCACCUCGCCGCUGCUCCCCGCCGAGCCCUCAGACGGCGUCGAGGUGAUCCUCAGAAUCGAAGACGACGACGGCGGUCCACCGGAGCAGAUCAAUAAUCAGAACGGGAACCAUCACGGUCAUACUCGAUUAUACUGUCGCAAUCCUUUUGCCUUUCUUGGCUCUGAUGGAUUCUCCGUUCCCGAGUCGACAACGGUCGAUCCGUUUCGGAAUAACACGCCGAGUAUCGGUGGGGUUUAUGAGUGGGUUAAGAUUGUGGUUUGCAUACCUAUUGCGCUUGCACGUCUUGUUCUGUUUGGGCUAUGUCUUUUGGUUGGAUAUUUAGCCACUAAGACGGCGCUUCACGGGUGGAAGGAUAAGGAGAAUCCGAUGCCGAAGUGGAGGUGUAGGCUUAUGGGAGUUACGAGGCUUUGCGGGCGGUGUAUUCUCUUUUCUUUUGGAUAUCAAUGGAUAACAAGAAAAGGGAAGCCUGCUCCAAGGGAAAUUGCUCCAAUUAUUGUAUCAAAUCAUGUAUCUUACAUAGAACCUAUCUUUUAUUUUUAUGAGUUAUUUCCAACUAUGGUCGCAGCUGAAUCCCAUGAUUCCAUUCCCUUUGUUGGGACCAUUAUCAGAGCUAUGCAGGUGAUAUAUGUAGAUAGGUUUUCACCUACAUCAAAGAAGCAUGCUAUUAGUGAAAUAAAGAGAAAGGCUUCUUGCAAUAGAUUUCCAAGAGUUCUGUUAUUUCCAGAGGGAACCACUACAAAUGGAAGGUCUCUUAUUUCUUUUCAACUUGGUGCUUUUCUUCCUGGUUAUUCAAUCCAACCUGUCGUUGUUCGUUAUCCUCAUGUUCACUUUGACCAAUCAUGGGGAUUUGUUUCUUUGCCAAAGCUCAUGAUUAGAAUGUUCAUGCAAUUUCACAAUUACUUGGAGGUUGAGUAUCUUCCUGUUAUUUCACCGCGAUAUAAUGGAAAAGAAAGCACUCUUGAAUUUGCUAAGAGAACUAGCCUUGCAAUGGCCACUGCACUAAAUGUUGUCCAAACGGCUCACUCAUAUGGAGAUUUAAUGCUUCUAACCAAGGCUGCCGAGGCAAAUCAAGAGAGACCCUCUGAUUAUAUGAUUGAAAUAUCCAAGAUAGACCAAGUUAGCAGCCUAGAAGCUGUUGAUUUUCUUGAUAAGUUUCUGUCCAUGAAUCCUGACUCCAGUGGCCGUGCUACAUAUAAUGGAUUUGUAGGAGCUCUACGACUCAAGCCUUGUGCGCUUGCUGAAGAGAUAUUUUCUCUUAUUGACAUAGAGAAGAUGGGAACAAUAACAUUCAAGCAGUACCUGUUCGGCUCUUUGCACGUUAUGAGGCUGCAAGGUUUUCAGCGAUCAUGUGAGCUUAUCCUUACUGAAUGUAGCGACGAAGAAGAUAAAAUUUCAGAACAAAAACUAGAAGAAUUCAUAAAGCCCGCAAUUCCUGAUCUGAAUACCGACGAGGCUCGUGAGCUCUUUAAACUAUUUGAUACCGAUGGCGAUGGGAAGAUUAGCAAGAAUGAUUUGCUUGGCUGCUUAAGAAGGAACCCGCUGUUGAUUGCACUAUUUUCGCAGUGUUUGCUACCGUGCUCGUAGUUGGAAAUAACAUAGUGUGUCUAACAUUGUUUGAUGAAUGAGUUCCCCAUGUCUUGUUUGUUCAUUAUUGUCACCUCCCUCGUUGUUUGAUUAAGAGGAACCUAUAGUAGGAGAGGGUUGGGCUGUUUCCUUUAAUAUUGGUGGUGGGUUUAACAUAUUUUACCACAUUAUCCCCUGUGAAAUUAUCCACUCCUGCAACUACUCCCAUUGUAUUUUGAUAUGAGUUCUUGUAAUGUUCACAUAAUCCAAACAAGUUUGCUGUUUGCUGUUUGCUGAUGGUAAAAUCUGCUCAACUUCUUCA